UUGAAAAAAAUAAUUCAAAUAAGGUCAGUUGCGCCUUGGGGUAGGGGCAAAGGGGAACGAAGAAUCGGCACGAGCAUUCACGUUGCAUCCUGCAGAUCUUAUCAACAAGUCAAAUCCAGUGAGUACACACGAGAUAAACUAUAUUUCUCUCUUUCAAACCAAUCGCUUCUGAUUUUUUUCCUGUUUCUUUCGACAGACAUGAUGACUGCAACAGCUACUCGGACUUUUUCAAUUCCAAGACCAUCUGAAGCCGAGUUUCGCCGACUUCAUAAUUCAAGGCAUGGAGAAAUUGCCCAAGCUCUGGACAUGGAUGAUGACGAUUUCACGGUGUUCAAGAGACAAGUGCGUGAGAAGAUGUAUGCAUCGCUCGAUCCCUCGAAGAAAUUCGACGAACAAGAUCCUUCGGCCUGGCGAAGAUUUGUACAAUGGGCUUAUGAAACCAUGCCCUCCCUGAUUUCGAAAUAUGAAGAUGCUUGGCCGGUCGAGUUAUAUGUAAAAAUCAGCCUGAGCAAACGUAUUGCGCACGAGCGCUUCCGGUUCAGAAAGGCAGUGGCGAAGUAUAAACAGACGAUGACCAUCAGGUCUUCUUCCUCUGCACAGGGUGAAGCGGAGAUGUCACCGACCGACCUGCCGCCCCCCUACGAUGAGAUAGAUCGAGUCACAGACAGCGAGACUCCUGGUGCACACAUGCAUCCGGAUGCUGCUCCCGAAAACAUCGAGAAAUUUUUGAGAUCCUGUGAUUUUGAUCUCGGGCAUCUCACUAGUACUUUCGUCACCCGACGAGCAGGUCUUUUCAAUUUAGGAAGGCUAGAGCUUCUCGCGUCAUGGCCUGCCGCGUUGAGACGCGACCACUUGGAGAGGCACUUUGGCACUAUGCUCGAUGAUGUCGAGAUAGAGGUUUUGAACAAGCGGUUUGUCGAGAUGAGCCAUGUUCAAAUCUGACUUUGGGUUGAAGACACUAGAUUUGUAUUUACAAUCGAAAUGCAAAUUAGGCUAUCUACUUUGGCUGAUCAUAUUUCAUUCAAAGUGUUGUUUGUUGAUUCA